AUGGGCCCGGCGCGGGGCCUGCUCUUCUGGGGGGCCUGGCUGCUCCUGCUCGCCGCCCCCUCCUCCCUCUCCUCCUCCUCCUCCCUCUCCUCCUCCGCGAAGGCCUCCGGGCCGGCCGAGCAGGCCAAGGCGGGGCAGGACUCCCAGCAGCAGGGGCAGGGGCAGGAGCAGGAGCAGGAGCAGGAGCAGGAGCAGGAGCAGGAGCAUCACCGGGAGCAUCACCGGGAGCAGGAGCGGCCCCGGCCCCCGCACGACUCCUCCUACGGCACCUUCGCGGGGGAGUUCUACGACCUGCGGUACCUCUCCGAGGACGGUUAUCCUUUCCCUACUGCUCCUCCUGUGGAUCCGUUUGCCAAAAUCCGAGUCAACGACUGUGGGAGAACCAAGGGAUGCUUUAGGUAUGGCAAACCAGGAUGCAACGCAGAGACCUGUGAAUACUUCCUUAGCUAUCGGAUGAUCGGGGCUGAUGUGGAGUUUGAGCUGAGCGCUGAUACUGAUGGUUGGGUGGCUGUAGGAUUUUCCUCAGACAAGAAAAUGGGUGGGGAUGAUGUCAUGGCCUGUGUUCAUGAUGAUAACGGAAGGGUUAGAAUACAGCACUUCUAUAACGUUGGCCAGUGGGCUAAAGAGAUCCAGAGAAAUCCUGCCAGAGAUGAAGAAGGAGUGUUUGAAAACAACCGUGUAACCUGCAGAUUCAAACGUCCCGUGAAUGUUCCCAGAGAUGAAACGAUAGUGGAUCUUCAUUUGAGUUGGUAUUAUCUGUUUGCCUGGGGUCCCGCAAUUCAAGGCUCAAUAACUCGGCAUGAUAUAGACUCGCCACCUGUAUCAGAGCGUGUCGUCAGUAUUUACAAGUACGAAGAUAUUUUUAUGCCGUCUGCUGCAUAUCAGACGUUCUCCUCCCCUUUCUGCCUGCUUCUUAUUGUUGCGCUGACUUUUUAUUUGUUGAUGGGAACUCCUUAACCACGAGAGAUAAAACCAGCAGACUUUUGUGGAUUUGCCAGUCAGGUUCUUCAGUGGGAAUGGUUUCUAUAGGAAUCAACCUAGCUUCGUCAUCCAGCCUGUUUUCUGACAACUCCCGUGACAUCGACAUCUUGGGAAAAAGACAAUUUACCUGCUGUGUGGAAGAAAUGUGCCAAAUAGUGACUUGAAAAUAACCCAGGAUCAUGUGACAGACUGCUCUCUGAGUCAUUAGAUGUCAACCAGCAGGCUACCUGUAUUUUCUAUAAAGGCAUAUUUUAGGUGUAAUGAGGAAUCAGUGCUGUCCUCAGAGUGAAGUAUUCUCAUUACUGAAAUGGUAACGAUGAUCAUAGGUGAUGGUAAAAUAUAUGAUUUAAUUUCCAGUUGCCUCCCAGCUAGUUAAUAGCGGUAGAAAAAUGUAUUUUUAUGUUGUACACCUGACAUGGUGAAGUCUAGAACUGCUUCUUGGAUGAAAUGCUUAAUAGCUCUGCUGAUGCAAAUGGCAAGUUUUGUUUUAUGGAAAUUCAGGUUCUCUCAUGUCACCCAGUCUGGGCAGGUUUGGUCUCUCUUCACUGCUAAAGUGUAUUUGCCAAGUGCUUAGUACAGUGCUCCCAAUAAGUGCUCAAUAAAUGCGAUUGAAUGAAUGAAUGAACAGAAACUGUGAACACACUUCCCAUCGUCUCUUUCUAACUUCCCCUUCCUCCCUUGCUCCUAGUGUCUCCCCUCACUCUUUUGUUGUCUUUUGUCCAUUUUCUCCCUAUCUUUUCCCUCCUGGCCUGCUUUUCCCCCUUCUCAUUUCAAGCCUCUUUCCAUCUGGGCUUUUUGCUUCCUUUCUCAUCUUCCACAUUUUAUUCCAAUCCUAUGCCCCACCCCAUAAACUCCUCGAGGACAGGGAUCGUGUACUCAGACCCUAUUUUAUUGUAUUCUCCCAAGCUCUUGGAACAGCGCUCUGCCCAUGGUAAAUGUUCAAUAAAUACCGUUGGUUGAACGAUUCCAUUUCCCCCACCUUUCCUCCACUACCCCUGCCUUCUCCGCUUGAGGAGGAAAGAGGAUUCUGAUUGCUAGUGGAGGAGUCUUGGAAAAAUCUUCCAUUGAGUCUUUUCAGGGCUGGAAGAGGCGGUGGCUUCCAGAUGUGGUCAGGGAAGGAGACGACGAAGGCAGAUUUGGCCGGAGAUGAACCAUGUACAGAGGUUUGGUUGAAAGGCAAAUCACCUGGCAUGCAAUAAAUUCCAU